GUCGACAAUGUCGACAUGAGUCGACAUCCGGCCACGUUAAGAUCGUUUGUCUAUGCUGUUUGCUUGAGAUCAUCGGCGUUCGAGCUGUCUGAUAUUGCUGAAAAAAAUAGUGAAAGUGAUUGCGCUCUUAUGUCCGAAUUUUCUCGAGGCUUAAGGGGAUUUUAAAUGCACACAGAUCAAUCAGAUCAGUGACGAGACAGCCGCAAGUCUCGUGAGAGUGAGCGGGACGGACGUACAUGUUGCCCGCUUCGGGUAUUGCAUCAUCUCACCCAUUUUUUGUAAAGCGUUCCUGGCUUCGACUGUGUAUUGUGUUACAUUAUUUGUCUUAAGAUUACAUCAUUAUUUCGUCCCAUUCACCGGUUUGAGGUGACCGGUGUAUCAUACUUUGAUUUCACGAUUUAUUUACGAUUCAGGCCGGAAUCGCUGUCAUUUUUGCGGCGAGUGCCAUCAAUUUUGAAGAAGAAGAAGACGAGACAACCGCAUAAGCGUCGACGAAUAAACGAAAAAUAAUAAGAAUGGAUUGCUGGUCGGUCUGGCUAUUGCUUGCUUCGCUGUUUGGUGCACUCCUCCUCACGGAUGGCGUCGAGCUAACCUUCGAACUGGCCGAUAAUGCCAAAGAGUGUUUUUAUCAAGAGAUCGAAAAGAAUGUCUCAUCUACGUUGGAGUUUCAGGUAGUUACAGGUGGCCAGUACGAUGUAGAUGUAACUUUAGAAGCACCAAAUAAAGAAAUUAUCUAUAGUCAAGUAAAAACACAAUUUGAUUCACAUUCCUUUAUACCAACUAUGUCAGGAAUAUAUAAGGCUUGCUUUAGCAAUGAGUUUUCUACAUACUCGCACAAGCUGGUAUAUAUGGAUUUCCAAGUUGGCGACGAAUUGCCACUUCCUGGUCUUGGAGAACAUGUUACAGUCAUGACUCAGAUGGAAUCUUCUGCCCAAGAAGUACACAAGAAUCUAAUCAGCAUUUUGGACUAUCAGACGCAUCAUCGCUUACGUGAAGCUCAGGGCCGCAAACGCGCAGAAGAGCUCAAUGAACGAGUGCUCUGGUGGUCGGUUAUGGAGACUGUUUGUAUCCUGCUCAUCGCUGUAGGACAAGUUUUCAUCCUGAAAAACUUCUUUACGGAUAGAAGCCCUUCCCAAAGUUAUUAGUGUGAUAAUCAAAUAACAAAAAGAAAAACUCAUUUACGAUCAAAGUAUACGAUUACCGAUCGAAUCGUUCUUGUGACAAUGUCUUGUAAUCACUGGUCAAAGUGCCAUCGUAAUACCUGCCGGUAAUGUUUCCUUGCGGCAGACCUUUUAACCACGAGUCUUCUCUGACAAUCGAGAAAGGAUCACCUUUAAUCCUCAGGAGAGGAUUCGGUGAUUAGACUCUAUAGAGUUGGUUAGAAACGCGGGGUGAUUCAAAUACAUACUAUGAACAUGUGUAGUAUUGUCACAAAUAUUAAUUUAUUAUGAGGCAGAAACUUUUUAACACGGGUGCUGAUACAAUAGGAGCGAUUAACAGGAUAAGUGUAAGUGAACAUCUUACACCUUUCUUUCGAUGGAUACUCUGAAAUUGUAUUUAUACUAGCAUAGGGACAUUGAAUACUAAUACAAUGGACAUUGGAAGGACACUAUAAUUUUUCUUAUUGUGAAUGCGUGACAUAAUAAAUUAAAAAUACUUAUGGUAUGUGUACUCGCGUAUCGCCAAGCGAUAUAAUUAAUUCCCGUCUCUUGUUAUUUAUCGGGUUUUCCUUUAUUUAUCUUAGGCAUUAAUUGAGAAGUUAAUUAAAUAAAUGCAAUUAAUUAUU